AUGGCUCGACGUCUGUACGUAUGUGGCCUAGCUUUAGCAUCGAUUAGUGUCGUAUAUGGGUUCUACAUUCUUGCCAGUCGUGAUGAAAUAAUCCCGGUAAGCCAUAAUGAUAGGUAUUGUAAUUACAUUACUUUGUUUACUCCGUAUCUUGACAUAUGAACAUCAUUCCCCUAAUUAUGUUGUGUAGUUUGUCGUGGAACCAACAAUACAUAACACAACAUAAUACAAUAGUAUGCUGGCAUUGCAAGUAAAUAGUAAAUAACAUGUUAUAAGAUAUAAUACUAUAUGACACAUUAUAUCAUACUAUACCAAGUGUAUAUAGUAGAGUUACAUUAUGUUUUUGUAACAACACGUUAACAAUAAAAUAUGUCAAAGUUACGACAUGUUGUCGUUAUAAUAACUUUCAACAGCCAGAACAAUAUUAUAGUAGUAUAACAUGUCUAUAUGUCAAGAAACCAAGCCUUUUGUUAAACCUAUCAAAUAUUACCAUAAAAUUUGGAUACACUUCAACUUUGACAUUAAGCAUGAGUACGUUCUAUACUGUUUAUCGCAAAUAGCAUUAGUACGAACACUAAUGCACGCAUAUUUAACGAGACAGCCGGCUCGCAUUACAUUUACAUCAAAAUAUUAUAAUUCCAGCUCAAAUUCGCUUCAACUCAAUCAUAUUAUUAUAGUUUUGGCUGCAAUUUGAAGAAGUUUUGUUGUAAAUGUGAUGUUUGAAGUUGGCGGUGUAUAUAUAAUGUUGUAGUAGGGUAUUUUUGAAGAUUUAGAAGGAAAAAAGUUAAAAACAAGACAGUUCUAAAGACUUUUUGACCAAAAGAUAAUGAUUUUAGGUAACAAAAAACUUUAAUUUACUUUAUUUCUAACAAAAAAACAAGUUGAAACAACAAAGUGAUAUAUCAACUAGUCAUUUGUGGUCUUUGCACUUUAAUGCAUUUAAAACCCGCAAGCUGCGCCCUAAUUGCGUGCAGUUUUUCAAAAAGACACAACUUUAAUUUCCUAAAUUAUACAACUUUAAUGACCCCAAAUGUCAAUCUAUUUCCCAAGAAAACACCAGAAAUGUCAAUUUAUUUCCAAAAACAAACCAAUGACUUUACUUUUAGUUCCAAGACAAUUCCGAUGGUUUCAUUAACGUGCCUGAGGAGUACAAAGAGAACUUGCCCGAGUUCGACGUUCUACCAGCCUAUGAAGAGCCAGGACUAGUGGAAGAGGAGGAUGUUGAUGAUGGAGAAGACGAGGCCGAGCUGCUGGACCGCACUCUCAGGUUACGCGACAUUAUCCAGAACAAACAAGAAGCCCUGAGGCUAGCUCAGGAGUACAAUCAGAUGCUGGGGCCUGAGGAUUUUGCACAGUAAGUUGCAGAAGAAGUAAACAAACAAAGAUUGAGCAACAAGAGUCAUAUUAGGUUGUUCAAUUAAUUCUGUGUCUCUCUCAAAUCAAGUUUUUGGGGUUGAGGGGCACAUAAUUAUUUGAACAAACAAAUACUGAAAGAGCAUUUAAUACCAAAAAACAACCUAAUAUUAAAGUAGAAAAUAAGUUUUGUCGUUUUUAAUCUGGAAACCUUUACGAACUGACGACAAGACUUUUCUCUAACAUUAUUCAAUAUAGUAAAAUCUAAGCGUAAAGAGUCGCGACUAGUCGUAUCACACUAAUUUUUAGCUAUCCUUUAACGUAUGACCUAAUACAAGACUAAAAUAGCCUUUUUCAAAAUUUAAAGCAAUUAAAAAUUCUUGAAAUGUCAUACAGAGACAUUAAUUGCUGUUUUUGUCAUGCAUGUUGUUUACGCAUAUUAUCUUCAGAAGAGUGCAAGCAGACGACCCGGAACAAGUGGAAUUCAUUCCGGUACCCCGAAGACGAGCCGUCUACUUAAUCGACGAAUGA